AUGUAUACAAAACGUUUGAAAAUAUCUAAAGUUGAAGGAAAUGUUACGGGGUUCGUCCUCAACAAGAACCACGGUGGAUGGGUAAGAAUGAUCGGACCUGUGAAGGACUUCCCGUCGCACCCGAGGUCGCUGCUGAAGCGAAAACACCCAGGGGACUCCGCCCCCGUGGCCAAGCGGGCCGCUCCCGCCCCCAGCCUCCCGGAGGUGGUGGACAUCUCGGACGUCUGCAGCUAUGAGACCAUCAGCGACUACAUCCAGCUGUUCGGAGACGAGGAGGUUGGGGCGGAGUCCCAAGGAAGCCCGGCCAGUCUGGAGUCGGGGUAUCAUACCUCGGGUCCUCAGGACGCUGACGAUGAAGACUCCAACCUCUCGUGGCUGCUCAACUUCAAAGUGUCCUCCCUCUUUGACGCCCCCGAAGACAAACCACCGCCCAAGAAAGAUGACUCUUGCAAAUGUUCCUGCGCCCUCUACCAGAAACCGGCCGGAAAACCUCCUUACACGUACACCGAACUGAUCGAGAAGGCUUUGAAGGAACAGGGAGAAUUGACAGUCUCCGGGAUAUACAGUUGGAUAUCGGCGAAAUACCCUUACUACAGUCCAAGUGAUGACAGAUGGAAAAACUCAGUCCGUCACAACCUCAGCAUCAACCCACACUUCCGUAAAGGCAUUAAGUCACGUCACGGCGCCGGGCAUCUGUGGACACUAAGCAACGAAGGCGUCUCACCACCACCUGAAUCUUGGAAAAGACACUCACAAGCCGAAGAAGUUGAUCGGAAGCCUCCAGAAGUUGAGUGUAUGGACGAGGCGGCCAUUGCUGCGGCGAGCAUCAUGGAACCUGUAGAGACUGAUGAGACGGGCACGCCGCUUACACGAGUGGCGGAGGAGAUACUGAGUGGAGUCAAGCGGCGAGUGGAGGUUCAAUACCUCGUCAACGACCACAACACAAACGGUAUAAAAUCUGACCCUGACCGCGCCUUUGUUGUCCUACCUCCAUCCUGGUCUUCCCUCCUAUAUUCUCCAGAAUUCCUCAACCCUGUAUCGAAGGAGGAGAUAGUGUCAGAGUCGGGUUUGGACACCGAACAUUGCGACGCAACGAGUUCUCUCCUCUCGGACCUCAACACGGAGCUUCAUCUCCCGGACAACCUCUUCAGCGAUGAGCUCGCUUUCUCCUGCUACUCACAACUCUGACCGAGUCUGCCGCAAACUCGCUCUUUCAUCUAGUCAGAUUUUUUUAUCGCUUUAGAUUUCCUAGUGCCGAUAGAACAUAGUUUGUCGUUGCUUUAGCGACCUUUUUUCAGUGAAUUUAUAUGGUGGAAUUUGAAGUCCGUCGUUUUUGUGUAUAUAUUCCAACGUAACUUUUAGACUGUAAAAUAUCAAAAGUAUUUUAGGAAUUUUUAGAACUGUAUAGUUUGACUGUUUGUGUGUUUUGUAUGUGAAGUCCGUCCAAGGUUUGUCAUUAUUUUGAAAUAAAAAGUGUUAAAAUCCAA